UAGCAACUCACUCCUGUCGGUGUGAAAUAUCGUUGGAACUCUGCCUGAGCCAUGGCCUAUGGUGGUCCUCCGCUCGGAGGAGGCUUGGGCUUCUCGAAUCCCAAUCACCUGGACACCAUCAAGCGUGGUUGGGACUACCACCCUGAGGAGCACCGAAACCUGCCCCCGGCCGGCGUGGCCGGCGCGAACGCACCGUCUCCACAGGUCUCACCCCCGAACUCUGGGCAGCCGCUGCUACAGGGCUACUCGCAGUACCAGAAUGGCUUGGCUCCAUCCAUGCCUGAGGCACAAGCCACGCCUCCGGGUGGGGGAAGCCACAUCCGCAUCACCGUGCCGCAGCUCUUCGAUGGGCGGUUGGGUCUCAUCAUCCAGAACUGCUGGAUCUCUGCGAUUAGCAAUCCCACAGCUGCGCAGUAUGGCUGGCAGGUGGGUGACCACAUCCUGUCGGUGAAUGGACAUCCAGUUUCCACCAUGCCACAGCUCAGUGAGGAGAUCAGGCGGGCGAUGAACUCUCAUCAGGCGGUCUCCCAUCCGCUCAUCUUCGACGUGUGGCGGCCCGCACCUGCGGGGAUGGCGGUGCGGAAGCAGAACAGCAUCUGCUGUGAUGCCUGUGUCCCAGUGCCUCGCCACCGGGGUCGACCGCCGCAGAUUGCACCGGGCCGACGCAGCCGAUGCCGCCGGCCUCAUACCCGCAGGUCACGCCCUCCCAGGCCACGGCGCCCCCGAUGGCCGCUGCUCCGAUGACGGCUCAGGCGCCGCCCCUCCGCGGGGGUGGAGUGCAGCGGCGACGGCAGCUUUGCUGAGUGCGCGGACGAAGAAGACUAUCCAAAGACAUUCUGUCUCCAACUGUUGUUUUGUUUGAAAAC